ACGGAAUAUUCCGUCGUAAAAUGAAAAUUACGAGGGAAAAAAAUUCCGUCGCAAGAUUAUACGUUUUUUAAAAAAAUACCCAAAUUGGACUAAACCUAAAAAAUCGAAUUGGAAACAGAAGAAAGAGAAGGAGAGAGAAAGAGAGAGGGAAAGAGAAAAAGGGGCAUCCGUCGCCGGCCGUCCCGAUUCCGGCGCCGGUCUUCACCAAUCUGCCGCCGACGAAGACCAAAACGAAAGGAGGACGAAAAGGAGAAAGCGAAAGAGGACGAAAAGGAGAAAGCGAAAGAGGACGAAAAGGAGAAAGAGGUCGAGCCUCCGUUUUCUGGCGACCCUCCGUUGACGCUUCUGGUUGUUGCCGGCGCCGCGUCUAGGUAAGUUGUUUUUGUUUUUUUGUUGUUUUUUUUUAUAUUCGGUUUUUUUUACAACACAUUCAAAUCUGCAACCUUUCUUGACACCACAACCGCAGCCUCCCUUGACCACCGUAGCCUCCGGCCUCCUCCCUUCCCUCGCCGUGGCUGAAGCAGUUGGUAAGUUGUCCUUUCCCCAAUUUUUUUUUUAAUUUUUUUUAAUAAUAAACCCUUAUUUAUUUAAUUUAAUUAUUUUUUUAAAAUAUUUUGUAUGUAGGAUUUGUACAAUUUGUCAAAAACAAGUGCAGAUCUAAAGGACACCUACCAGAAGAAGCUCGAAGAAACAAUGAGUCAGGGGAUUCAGAAGAGUCCCAAUGAGUUGUACUGGGAGUCGGUGGGUGGGCGCAAUAAGAAGGGGCGUGUGAAGGGACUUGGCCAAAGUGCAGAGUUCUACUAUGGCAAACAGGGUCAAGGUUCCCGUUCUUCACAGCAAUACACGCCGUCUGUCAUUUCUCAAAUGCAAGACCAGAUGGAACACAGGGUGCAAACUCUUCAAACUCAAAUGGAAGCCCGAAUGGCUGAAAUGGAGAGGAGAUACAAGGAGAGUUUCGAUGAGAUGAUGAGUCGUCUCAACAACAACGACUCAUGUUCCACCAUUCAUCCUCAGCAUCGAGACCCUAGGAACGACCCGGGUGGUGGUGGAGCAGGCCAGGGUUUCCAGGCGAUUGCGUAGCUUAGCUUUAGUCUAGCAUAGAAUCACUCUAACCUAGCUUUUGUUUGGUAUAGAUACCAAAAUGUGGACUAUCUUUUGUACUAGGACAUAAUUAUUAUAUAUAUAUGUACAUAACCCUAAUUUCGUAGGUCGGUAAUUAAUUUUUUAAAAACAACAA